UUGGUUCUCUAUGCAGAUGACAUGACUGGAGCUGAUGUUGGCCUGAGACCUGGUAUGCAAAUUUUCAAGCCUCAGAGGAAAGAAGGAUUGCCUUCUAUGUCGUACAUUCCGGUCUACAAUUGUAACAAAUUCUCGAUUGGGAUCUUCUGCUUGCCGCCUUCGGCUGUCAUUCAGCUCCAUAACCAUCCUGGAAUGACAGUGUUUUGUAAGCUUCUCUUUGGGACAAUGUAUGUCAAUUCUUUUGACUGGGUGAAUGCCGAUCCUCCAAAUGAAGAUGGAGUGUUUUCUACUGCCCCAUUGAGAACAGCGAAUGGAGAAAUUCCUGCGGGAGCCCUGAGGUUGGCAAAAACAAAGGCAGACAACGAGGUUUCUGCCCCGUGCAACACAUCUGUUCUCUAUCCUGCUGAUGGGGGUAAUUUGCACAGCUUCAGGGCAUUGAAGCCUUGUGCAUUUCUCGAUGUGCUUGCGCCUCCUUACAAUGAUUCCGAAGGCAGGCACUGCACGUUUUACAGGAAGUAUAACUUCUCUAGUCUUCCAGAGGCUGGGACGAUAUCAGUGCCAGAAGAGCAUAGGCAAGAGUAUGCAUGGCUGCAAGAGACCGAGAAAGUCGAGGGUUCGCUUAUAUAUGGAAAAGAGUAUACCGGACCCAAGAUUGUAACUGAAUGAUCUCGCUUAACAGUGCAUGCAUUCAGUUUGUUUCUCUCUACUUUUCAAUGUCAUAGUCUUUUUCUUUUGUGUUUGGAGAAAUUGUUGAAUCCAUUAUAUUCUGUCGUCUUUGAUCCAUUUGAUCAUGUAUUUGAGAACUACAGCAACAAACGUGUAAGGUCCUUGUUUUAGGACAUGAAUGUUUGAUGUUAGAGAUUUCCUUUUUG